AUGAACAUGUUGGACGUAGAAGAUUACAGAUUUUACGUCACACGUGAAGGCUGCUCCCAUCUGAGCGACUCAGAAUGGGAGGUAGUCGGCCGCAUGAGUGUGCUUAUGGGCGAACCCGCCAUCAGUGGCAUGUUGGAGUCUCAAAGCAUAGACAAGCAACAUGCUGCUAUCAACAAGUUCCUGCAAGGGGAACUUGCCGUCGAAAUACAGAAGAUAGCCUUGCUACAACAGCAAGGCUCUCAUCAUUCGAUGGGCGAGCCGACAAACAUGCGUCGACCCGAAACCUUGAAGAUUGAUUUAUCAAGGUACGAAGGAACUGAUGAAGAUUCCCUUUUGAGAUGGUUCGUCGAGUUAGACGAUGCCAUCAGGGCCCGUCACAUCGAGGGUGACGAGAUGCAAGUCACCUUUGCCCUGUCAAAUUUGACGGGACGAGCAAAACCUUGGGCCUUAGGCCUCAAGCUUCACGACCCAAACGUGUUUGAGUCGCUGAAAAUCUUGAAGUCUCGGCUUAAAGAAUUGUUUGAGCCGCCGGGAGCCGAGUCCAGAGCACGCUCUGCACUCUUAAGCCUCAAGAAAGUCAAGCGUGAUGUGCAUACUUACGCACACCACCUGCGCUACCUUGCGAGUAGCGUCACGGAUUGA